GGUAACCGCUUAAACCGGUUACCGUUUGAUCGGUUUCCGGUAUACCGGAAUUCCCCUCACUGCUGUCGUCAGCCAUUACCGAGAAAAAUCGGUAAUACCGCAUACCGACUGGAACUGAAUCGGUAAGGAGAAUGGUUUCCCGAAUUCUGGUAGGCAAGUGUUGCUGGCUUGCUGCGGGCGGAAAUUUGUGGAAGGCUAUCACCCAUCAUUAUUCAUUAUAUUUGUCUUGUCUUCUUGUGAGUCUUGUCUAUUUGUCUUGUACUCUUGUGAGUCUUGUCUACAAAUGAAAUAAAGUGAGAGACCAUCAUUUUCAUUAUUCAUUCAUUCGAUUUCGGAGCAGAUGGAAGGGAAGGAAACCCCUAUGAAAUAAUUAAUCAAUUAACAACAAAUCAUUAAAUCAACAUUAACUUACCUCUCAUCGACGGAGAGGAGAGGACGAAGUAUGAAGUACGAAUUGCUGUAUGGGUUCAGGGCUUCAGGCUGUGGGUCGAGGCUUCGAGCAAUUAAGCUCCGACGGCGACGGGUUCGACGGAAAAGGGCAACGGCGAAGGGGGUCGACGAAAACAGGGCUUGGGUCUUGUCUCUUGGGUGGAUCUUGCGCCGGCGAUGGAGAUGACGAAGAUCCUGCCGGUUUCGAUCGGCGACAUUUGGAUUCGAGAACGGAGGAGGGUCGGCGGCAUGACUGGUCGUGCUCGUGCGACAGGCAAGGGAGAGAGAUGAAAAUAGAGAUUACGAUUUAGUUUUCUACUCUUUUCUAUUAACUAAUUAAUUAUUACAACUAGGUUAAUUAAUUUACUUGGGGGAGUUAGGGUCGAUAAGGGACUAGGGAGUUGGGCUUUUGGUGUUUGGCUGCUGUCUUUCCCAUUCGGUAUCGAAAUACUGAGUUGCCGACGGUAUUUUACCGUUCCUCCCUCGGUAUACCAGUUGCAACGAUCCCGCCGCCGAUUACCGUUUGGUACGGUUAACGGUUUAACCGGUAACCGCGGUUACCGGUACGGUUACCGGUUAAACCGUUAACCGCAAUACCGUAUACCACCCCUAUAAAUAUGUAUGUGGGGUUAUUUGUUUGGAAUUAAUCAAAGAAGCAUAUUAAAAAUCUUGACUCUUUUCUUAUGUGAAGGUUGCUGGUCAGUUCUUCCGAGUUAUGCCUAAUUCUUUUUCUUUUUUUUUUCAAAUCCCAAAUUUCAUUCUAUUUAGUCCAUCUGUUACGAAUUAUCGCGAAUGCCCAAAUUCGACCGAAAACACCCUAGUACGUAGUUUCUUACCGUAUAGUUUCCAUUUUCAUUCCAAAGAAUUCGACCAUGGCUGAUAGUUUCAACUACUAUGCUACCGCUAGUGUUCUUUGAUCUCUACAACGCAAGUCCAAUCAGUCUCUCUCUAGAGCAAUAGUGCAGUACCAUCUAUUCACCAUUAUCCAUGUCCAACCAGUCCCUCUCUAAAGAAAGCAAUAGUAGUGCAUUACUAUCUAUUCACAGUCUCCACAAUGGCUGAUAGUUACGCUACAGCUUGCGCCGUGGUGGCAUCGAUGAGCCUACAUGGUUACAAUGUGGUCAUAUUUGUACUAGAUAGCAUAUAUAAACUCUCAAAUUAAUUACCAUUCUAUUUGUACAAAUGAUUAGUCCGUGCUAACAUGUCUUUCAUGUUGUCAAGUUGAUUAAAGAAACUUGCUCUUUAAGGAUGGGAGAAAACCUACCACAUCCUUUUGUGAUUGAUCUCUCACAGCAGAGUACACCUUUGAUUCUCCUAUGAUUUUUUUUCAAAACGAACAGAUUCUUUUGUUGGGUUUUGAGCUCUGAUUGGGUCAAGUGAAGCCUUUCACUUGGAUUUUGCACCAUGGAGGGCCGUCGGCAAGGAACCAAAUUGAAGGGCUCAAGAAAGGAAUCGAAUCCACUUUGGCUUUGGGCCGGGGAGCCUACAAAGCAAAGCAAGCCAAGCAUCAUCAUUUUGUCCUCCCCGUUUCCAUGGCUGAUGGUCCCUAGCAGUACAUAAAGUCGACGGACUUGAGGCUUGAGCAGCUGGAACAGAGUUCUCCUAGGCCGGAACUGAUCCCCAGCUGUCGCCGUCGUUGGCAGAGGAAAAACAGAGUCGAGCUGUCAGAUUCCGGAAAUCAGUGUUCUUUCUCUCUCCAACUUGCUCUACUUGGCUCUCCCCUUUGUAAUCGCUCUUAAUUUGACUUUGGUAAGUUAUCAGGAGAGGGUUCUGCUUGUUUUUCUGCAUUUUCCGGCGACUUCCCGCACCCUGUUUUUGGCAGAGAUGGUCCCGUUCAGAUCCGAGUCAAUAUAUCGCAAAAAAGUCAAUAUAUCGCC